AUGUUCAUCAGACCAUGCUUGCCAAAUGUACAAUCAGCCACUGCUUGCAGUAUUCAUUCUGCCACUCCUUGCAAUGUCAUUCAGCCACGCUUGCAGUGUUCAUUCUCCACUGCUGCACGUCAUCUGGCCACUGCUUGCACUGUUCAUUCUUCCACGGCUGUAGUGUUCAUUCUGCACGCUUGCAAUGUUCAUUCUGCAACGCUUACAGUGUUCAUUCUCCACUGCAUGCAAUGUUCAUUCUGCCCUGCUGCAAUGUUCAUUUUCCACUGCUUGGAGUGUCAUUUGCACUGCUUGCAAUGUCAUUCUUACACUGCUUGUAGUGUUCAUUCUGCCACGGCUUGCAGUGUUCAUUCUGCAACUGCUUACAGUGUUCAUUCUGCCACUGCUUGCAAUGUUCAUUCUGCCACUGCUUGCAAUGUUCAUUCAGCCACUGCUUGCAGUGUUCAUUCUGCCACUGCUUCUAGUGUUCAUUCUGCCACUGCUUGCAAUGUUCAUUCUGCCACUGCUUGCAGUGUUCAUUCUGCCACUGCUUGCAGUGUUCAUUCUGCCACUGCUUGCAAUGUUCAAUCUUCCACUGCUUGCAGUGUUCAUUCUGCCACUGCUUGCAAUGUUCAUUCAGCCACUGCUUGCAAUGUUCAUUCAGCCACUGCUUGCAGUGUUCAUUCUGCCACUGCUUGCAAUGUUCAUUCUGCAACUGCUUACAGUGUUCAUUCUGCCACUGCUUGCAAUGUUCAUUCUGCCACUGCUUGCAAUGUUCAUUCUUCCACUGCUUGUAGUGUUCAUUCUGCCACUGCUUGCAAUGUUCAUUCUUCCACUGCUUGUAGUGUUCAUUCUGCCACUGCUUGCAAUGUUCAUUCUGCAACUGCUUCUAGUGUUCAUUCUGCCACUGCUUGUAGUGUUCAUUCUGCCACUGCUUGCAAUGUUCAUUCUGCAACUGCUUCUAGUGUUCAUUCUGCCACUGCUUGUAGUGUUCAUUCUGCCACUGCUUGCAAUGUUCAUUCUGCAACUGCUUCUAGUGUUCAUUCUGCCACUGCUUGCAGUGUUCAUUCUGCCACUGCUCGCAGUGUUCAUUCUGCAACUGCUUCUAGUGUUCAUUCUGCCACUGCUUGUAGUGUUCAUUCUGCCACUGCUUGCAAUGUUCAUCCUGCAAUUGCUUCUAAUGAUCAUUCUGCCACUGCUUACAGUGUUCAUUCUGCCACUGCUUACAGUGUUCAUUCUGCCACUGCUUGCAGUGUUCAUUCUGGCAGUGCUUCUAAUGUACAUUCUGCCACUGCUUGCAUUGUUCAUUCAGCCACUUGCAGUGUUCAUUCUGCCACUGCUUGCAGUGUUCAUUCUGCCACUGUUUCUAGUGUUCAUUCUGCCACUGCUUGCAAUGUUCAUUCAGCCACUGCUUCUAGUGUUCAUUCUGCAACUGCUUGUAGUGUUCAUUCUGCCACUGCUUGCAGUGUUCAUUCUGCCACUGCUUGUAGUGUUCAUUCUGCCACUGCUUGCAAUGUUCAUUCUGCAACUGCGUUCUAA